AUGGAGAGUCUUGAUGAUGCUGACCGUAAAAAUAAUUAUGGUGAACGUGUCAAUGGACCAUGGGUUUUUAGCAUGGCUGAAGAAGGAUCCAGGAAGGUCAAAAUAUUUGUUGUGAAAAAGAGAGAUCGUGAUUCUCUGCUUCCUCUCCUACUUGAACACGUGAAUAAGAGUAGUAUUAUCCACAGUGAUGAUCAGAAAGCUUAUUCUGGACUAGGUACUGUGUUUAACGACCAUAAGGUCGUUAAUCAUUCAGAAAAUUUUGUUGACCUUAAUACUCGUUGCCAUACUCAAUUAAUUGAGUGUAUUUGGGGUCAAGCAAAAUUAAAGAUAAUAAAGAAUAAGAUGGGAACUACCCUUACAAUGUUACUGUUGGGUGAACCAACUUUAGUUACCAAUUUAUGUUUAUGUCAUUGUGACACUUCUGAAACUUCAGUUUCAGAAAAUAAUAUAAAAAGAAAAUUGUUUAAAUAA